AACUACAACUCCAAUGGUGCUUUGCGGCGCCACGAGUUAUGAGCGGCCAGUCAUGAGGCUGGAAGUGAGUAUACAUUUGUAUCCGCUGAACCUGGGCAAGAAGAAGAAAGUUUUGAAGUAAAAUGCAUGGAGGUGAUGGGAGUGAGGUCAGUUCUGCACGAAACUCCAGGGUUACGACUGUGAGGCCCCUGGAAGUGACAGAAAAUGAAAGCACCAAGGACCAACCCCCGAAAUUAUGCGGGUUUCUGAACAAGCUAGCUGGGAAGGGGCCACUGAGGGGUUUCAAAAACCGUUGGUUUGUCUACGAUCCCAGAAAAUGCUAUUUAUAUUACUUCAAGACUCCCCAAGACUCCCUACCUCUGGGACAUAUUGAAAUAGCCGAUGCCUGCUUUAGUUAUGAAGUGGACGCUGGCGAUGAAGGGCAGUUUGAGAUCCAUACAUCUGGAAAUGACUUUAUCCUCAAGGCUCCCAACAGACAGGUGAUGAGAUACUGGUUACAGCAGCUGCAGCAGAAGAGAUGGGAGUUCUGUAACACUCGAGGAGCGGCCAGGGAUAGCUGGAACUCCCCCACACUGCCAGACCUUCCAACAGGACUGGUUGCCAAGGAUACAGAUGCCUUCUCAUAUGAAAAGCCUAGUGACUCCACGGAGAGUGUCCGCAAUGACUUUGCUAUGGAAAUUGCCCCAGAAGGGCUUGUGGGAGUCAGAGCAGCCAGAAACCCUGCUGCCCAGCCCUCCACCAUCAACUUCUCCUUGAAGCAGUGGGGCACAGAGUUAAGGAAUUCAAUGUCCCAUCUGAGAGCAGGCAGGGGGAGCAGUGAGAACAGGAGGAGUGUUUUUUACACAAGCAGUGAGGAGUGGGAGAUGAUUGACCCCACCUUGAAAGACUUUCAGGAUCUGGCGACACAGGAAUACACAAGGAAAUCCCAACUGGAGGCAAACAGAGUUUCCCUAGGCUCUGCCUUCGCGUUUGAUUUUAGCCGCAAUUCUUCGAGACCGAAGCGGCCGUUUCUAAGAGACAUGAUUGGACCGAGCAAAAACCGGAGCAGCAACGAGGCCUCCCCGGUGGAGUGGAGUGUGAGCAACGGCAACAAACCCUCCGAGAGCCAGCUGAAAAUCCAGAGCCUGCAAGAGGAGCUCGCCAGACUGAAGGAAGAGCACACUAGCCAAAAGGAACUCGUCCGGCUGCUUCAGCAGACCUUGAGGGGUUCCCAGUAUGACAAGCGGUCCAGCAGCAUUCAGCCGGGCGGUGCCCCGGACGGUUUGGAGCUGGUGAGGGAGAAGGACCAGCAGAUCCAGGCUCUGAGUGCACACAUCGAGAAGCUGGGGCUGGAGAAGGAGAGCCUGCACCAGGAGGUGAAGUCUCUGAAGAACAAGGUGGGGGAGCUCAACGAGCAGCUGGGCAUGCUGAUGGAGACCAUCCAGGCCAAAGACGAGGUGAUCAUCAAGAACAGCUCCUCGCACACAGAGGAGGCUUCCAUACCCAGCAAGGACCUGCAGGAGCUAGACAGACUCAAGGACAGUCUUCAGGGCUACACAACACAGAACAAGUUUCUGAACAAAGAGAUUUUGGAGCUAACUGUCCUGAGGAGGAAUGCUGUUGCAAGAGAAAAAGCCCUGGAGGCGAAGUGCACGGGCCUGGAAGCUAAGCUCUGCCAGAUCGAGAGCAAGUACCUGGUCCUGCUUCAGGAAGUGAAGAACCCGGUGUGCUCCGGGGAGCAGGGCCCGGCCCGCGAGGUCAUCUCCAGGUUACUGGAGGACGCGCUGGAGGUGGAAACUCCUGAGCACCCAGAACACACUGUACUCAAACCACACGCUGUCAGUGAGUUUGACGUCUUUGGUUUUAAGACUGUGCCGGAGGACGACGAGGAGGAGCAGCUGGUAGCCAAGGUGAGAGCCCUGGACCUCAAGUCUCUCUCCUUCACUGACCAGGAGGUCUCUGUGGUGGUCAAGUGGGAGAACUACUUAGCCAGCACCAUGAACAGGGAGAUGGUGCGCACCCCCGAGCUCAAGGGCCUGAUUCGCAGCGGCAUUCCUCACGAACACCGCUCCAAAGUGUGGAAGUGGUGCGUCUGCUUCCACGUCAAGAAGUUUCGGGACACCGUCCCCCCAGACUAUUUUAACCAGCUGCUGCAGGAAGCCCUUGAAAAACAGAACCCGGCCUCCAAGCAGAUCGAGCUGGACCUCCUACGGACAUUACCCAACAAUAAGCACUAUGCUUCACCCACCUCGGAGGGCAUCCAGAAACUCCGCAAUAUCCUUCUGGCGUUUUCCUGGAGAAACCCCGAUAUUGGAUAUUGCCAAGGUCUUAAUCGGUUGGCAGCUGUAGCGCUUCUCUAUUUAGAUCAGGAGGAUGCGUUCUGGUGCCUGGUUGCCAUUGUGGAGGUUUUUAUGCCACGAGACUAUUACACCAAGACACUGCUAGGAUCGCAGGUUGACCAGCGAGUAUUUAAGGAUCUGAUGAGUGAGAAGCUCCCCCGUCUGCAUGUCCACUUUGAGCAGUACAAGGUGGAUUUCUCUCUCAUCACUUUUAACUGGUUCCUGGUGGUGUUUGUGGACAGUGUGGUCAGUGACAUCCUCUUUAAGAUAUGGGACUCCUUUCUAUACGAGGGACCAAAGAUCAUAUUUCGUUUUGCAUUGGCGCUGUUCAAGUACAAAGAGGAGGAGAUGUUAAAGCUGCAAGACUCCAUGGCUAUCUUCAAGUACCUGAGGUACUUCACACACACUAUCCUGGACGCAAGAAAGCUGAUGUCCAUUGCGUUUGGGGGCAUGAAUCCAUUCCCUCUGCGGCAGAUUCAGAACCGCAGGACCUUCCAUCUGGAGAAGGUGCGCCUGGAGCUAACGGAGCUGGAAGCAAUCCGGCAGAACUUCCUGCGGCAGCGCGACACCAGCCUGGAGGGGAGGGGGCUUAUCAGCGACGACGAAGAGGACAAUGACUAGACCCUGCCACAAAUCAGAAAGAAAACAAAAAAACAAGAAUUCAACAUUCCUGUGUCUGGUAUUGUUUAAAAAAAUACGCUGGCCGUAUUUCAUUUUUAUUACUCGUUACUCUGUGCUGGAAAGAUCUCCCUUCUGUUUUAUGAAUUCUACUUCUGUGAAAUUCCAUGACCAAACUGCGCUCUCUCUACCAGUAUUUGUAUCAAUAAGUAAUUGUUGAACGAUAGCACUUUGCAGUCCUCCAGCUAUCUGCUGUCGGUUAUUGAAAGUGUUAAGGCAAACUGUUAGUUUUAAGGUGUUAAGGUGCAAUAAUUAAUACACAAGCCUCCUAUGUAUACAGAGUUUCGUUUAGAACAGACCUUGAUGCUAACUUUUUUAAUUUUUUUUUAUUUUAAUCUUUUAAAAAAUGUAGUAGUCACCAAUUAAUUUUUACCCUGUCGGCACGGUCGGCAGUGGAAUAACCUGGACUCAAACCGGCGAUGUCCAGACUAUAGGGCACAUCCUGCACUCCACGCGGAGCACCUUUACCAGAUGCACCACUCGGGAGCCCCGACCUUGAUGCAAACUUUUGUGUUUUGCAAUAGUUGCAUAGAAAGUCCCUGUGUGUAGAUUUAUUUUCAUGAAGGUUAGCUGCUCUUAAUUUUGAGACAAUUCUGAUAUGAAGAUAAGAGUUUACUUGUAAGCAUUACAAAUACUGUAGGUUUCAGUCUGUGAGACCAGCCAAUUUUAAAUGUAUUUCACUGAUAUUUUCUUCCCUUACUUUCAUAAUUUUAUAUAUAUAUAUUUUUUUAGCUUGCAUUAACUAUAAUGUGUAGAUUAUAUGGGGCUGGACUGUGCUAAAUGGCUUGUGAAAUGUUAGUCAGCCAUAUUUAUCCCAUGUCUGUGUUUGUCUGAGUAGCUUUGAAAGUUCAGUAUACACUUGCAUACUGAUUCAGGUUACAAAAUGCUUGUUUAUAGAAAAGGGACACAUUUGCUCAUGCAUUUAAAAAAAGACACUGAUUCAUUCCAAUAUUUUCUUGCGCUUGGAUCACUUAAUCUCCAAGGUGAGUCUCAUGCGCUUGGACUGCAGUAUUCCUAGAAUCAGAUGAAAAUGUACAGUAUUCCUGCUCUCCGGUCCCUAGUAAAAGCUCUCCUGGGUGAGUCGUGCAAGCGUGGCUCAAAUCCUGUUUGUGCUGAAUUGACAAUCCUUGAUGGGGGCACACAGUGUGUCCCGCAGGGAAACUCUCUGGUGUUAGUUCACAUUAUCACAUUUUAGCGACCCCUACUGGGCAGACAGAUACUUUUUUGCUGGGCCUCGUCUCCAAGGUUUAUUAGCUUGGCAACAUUUGUUGCUUUGGUUUGGCUUGUUAGUGGGAACAGGCCUUUCAAAUUAGGUGGAAAAACAGGGGUACAACUAAAUAUAUAAUAGUAAUAACAUAUAAAAAUGUACAGUACUUGGACAACUGUGGUUCUUAGUUAUCCAAUUUCAGUAUCUACGUAUUAUUUGCUGUCAAACAUUACUCAAGCACAAUAAAAGUGAAGCUGUUUUCAUAGCAUGUGGUGGCUUGCGUGCCAGUUUUGCAUGUCCUGGUUCUACUCUUCAAUCCUGGUGCUCACUGCAGUGUCCAGUUGAGAUGAUCAAACAGUAUAAACUCAAAUUGUGUCCCCAAUCAAAAUCUUUUAUAUACAGACGUGCUCAAAUUUGUUGGUACCCUUACAGCUCAUUGAAAUAAUGCUUCAUUCCUCCUGAAAAGUGAUGAAAUCAAAAGCUGUUUUAUCAUGUAUACUUGCAUGCCUUUCGUAUGUCAUAGAAUAAAGCAAAGAAGCUGUGAAAAGAGAUGAAUUAUUGCUUAUUCUACAAAGAUAUUCUAAAAUGGCCUGGACACAUUUGUUGGUACCCCUUAGAAAAGAUAAUAAAUAAUUGGAUUAUAGUGAUAUUUCAAACUAAUUAGUUUAUUUAAUUAGUAUCACACAUGUCUCCAAUCUUGUAAUCAGUCAUUCAGCCUAUUUAAAUGGAGAAAAGUAGUCACUGUGCUGUUUGGUAUCAUUGUGUGCACCACACUGAACAUGGACCAGAGAAAGCAAAGGAAAGAGUUGUCUGAGGAGAUCAGAAAGAAAAUAAUAGACAAGCAUGGUAAAGGUAAAGGCUACAAGACCAUCUCCAAGCAGCUUGAUGUUCCUGUAACAAUAGUUGCAAAUAUUAUUAAGAAGUUUAAGGUCCAUGGAACUGUAGCCAACCUCCCUGGGCGCUGCCGCAAGAGGAAAAUCGACCCCAGAUUGAACAGAAGGAUAGUGCGAAUGGUAGAAAAAGAACCAAGGAUAACUGCCAAAGAGAUAUAAGCUGAACUCCAAGGUGAAGGUACGUCAGUUUGUGAUCGCACCAUCUGUCGCUUUUUGAGCGAAAGUGGGCUCCAUGGAAGAAGACCCAGGAGGACUCCACUUUUGAAAGAAAAACAUAAAAAAGCCAGACUGGAAUUUGCUAAAAUGCAUAUUGACAAGCCACAAUCCUUCUGGGAGAAUGUCCUUUGGACAGAUGAGUCAAAACUGGAACUUUUUGGCAAGUCACAUCAGCUCUAUGUUCACAGACGAAAAAAUGAAGCUUUCAAAGAAAACAACACCAUACCUACACUGAAACAUGGAGGAGGCUCGGUUAUGUUUUGGGGCUGCUUUGCUGCGCCUGGCACAGGGUGCCUUGAAUCUGUGCAGGGCACAAUGAAAUCUCAAGACUAUCAAGGCAUUCUGGUGCGAAACGUACUGCCCAGUGUCAGAAAGCUCUGUCUCAGUCGCAGGUCAUGGGUCCUCCAACAGGAUAAUGACCCAAAACACACAGCUAAAAGCACCCAAGAAUGGAUAAGAACAAAACAUUGGACUAUUCUGAAGUGGCCUCCUAUGAGUCCUGAUCUGAAUCCUAUCGAACAUCUAUGGAAAGAGCUGAAACUUGCAGUCUGGAGAAGGCACCCAUCAAACCUGAGACAGCUGGAGCAGUUUGCUCAGGAAGAGUGGGCCAAACUACCUGUUAACAGGUGCAGAAGUCUCAUUGAGAGCUACAGAAAACGUUUGAUUGCAGUGAUUGCCUCUAAAGGUUGUGCAACAAAAUAUUAGGUUAGCGGUCCCAUCAUUUUUGUCCAUGCCAUUUUCAUUUGUUUUCUUAUUUACAAUAUUAUGUUGAAUAAAAAAUCAAAAGCAAAGUCUGAUUUCUAUUAAAUAUGGAAUAAACAAUGGUGGAUGCCAAUUACUUUUGUCAGUUUCAAGUUAUUUCAGAGAAAAUUGUGCAUUCUUUGUUUUCUGUGGAGGGAAAUUUGAGCACGUCUGUACAUUCCUGUUCCAUUUGCGUCACGUCUUGUUUGUGUAUCGCUUGUAAUUACAUGGGGGAGGAUCUGUCAGAUUAAUGUAAAGUUCAAAGGCACAUUCAAAUGUAAAACCAGAAGGUUACUUAAGGACACAAGUGUAUUUCAGGUUUGUAACAUUGACAAGUUUGAUUUCAAAUGUAAACGUUUUAAGGAGACUUUUUUUUUUUUGCCAAAUUCCACUUUUGUAUAAAGACAUUCCCAAAGGCCAAUAGUCUUAACCUUUACGUUUGCCAUUGCUUAGUAUAUACGAGUGGUUAAGAUUGCUCCACUCCAUCUGAGAAUGGGGCUGUUUAAUGUUGCUUCAUUGAGAGCUGGCCUCUCCAGUGAUCAUACUUUUGCAAUAUCAGUGCUUCAAUCCUUUUUUUCAAGGCUCACGUUUUGCACAAUCAUUACUUUUAUGGUUGGGUCUAGCAGCUAUAUAAAACCUGAACAAAUGUUUCAGCAGGACCUAAUUUUGCUUCAUGUAUAAGGUUAUGGAAAGUGAUAGUUGCAAAAAAAUAUAUAUACAUUUUGGCUAUUCAAAUAUGUGCCAUACAAAAAGAAUAUUCAAGUUGUAUUUUGAAAUAGUUGAAUAAGCUAGCUGACAUGCCCAGAAGCCUUGUACUAUAUUAUAAUACAAUACAAUGCUGUAUCUGUUCAGUGUUACUGGCAGGCAUCUUUCCUUGCUUUUCUGAAUCUGUAUAAUAUCUGCAGUAGAAUUUUGUGUUUUUCAUUGCACAAGAACCCUGUUCAAUGAUCAAAUUGUAAUUGUUACAGUAUCAAAACAUCCACGAUUUUAUGUUUUUGUAUCAGCAGCAAGAUUGUAAAUAAACACACUGUUCUUUGUA